AUGAAAGUUAAAUUAUUUUUAUUUAUAAUUUUAACUUUUCUUUGUAGCAAAGGUGUCGUAAAGUCUGAUGAGUUAAAUUGUUUGGCGCUUAUAUUUUUAAACCUUUUUCAAACACCCAUUACAGAAACAAAUAUAUUAUGCACUGGAAACCUUCUUAUAAAUAAAAAUGGUUAUAGUUAUGAAUCUUAUUGUGAAGAUGGCAUUAAUUUAACAGAAUUGUUUAUAAGAUCAAUUCCUCAAAAUGGUUUAUCGGGGCCAUCAGUGGGUUAUAGCGAUUUAAAUUGUUUUUUACAAUUAUCAAAACUAGAGUUAACAAAUAUUUUAAUACAACCAGAUGCAUUUGGAAAAUAUAAUGAAAAAAAAGUUGCCAAUAGAUUGCAUUUAUAUAAUAACACUUUUGUUGAGGGUAGAAUAUCAUCUGCAUCAAACUCAAUUUCUCAAACUACAGAAUUUAUUGUAAUGACAUAUAAUAAAAAUUCAAAUUUACUUUUUCUUGAUUUAAGAGAGAUUAAAAAUUUAAAAUUUUUCCAGCUUUUAUGUAGAGAUACCUUAACAAAUUAUCCAGUAAUAGAAAACACUAUCGAUCCUUUGGAUACCAGUAUUAUAUUUUUUUCAAACUUAUAUAUAGCAACAAAUAUGGUACCAUCACUAUCUAAUAUUAAAUGUGAAAAUGUAUUUAUACAGUUAGUGAAUGCAGGAUCCACUAUUUCAUGGAGUAAUUUUGAUACUUUUCAGUCUGUUCGUUCAUUGAAUCUUUAUUAUGAUGAUGAUAUUUUUUAUCCCACUUCAUUGGCCAAUAGUGGAAUUAAAGUCUUAUCAUUAGGUGGUGUGGCUGAUGCUUCACCAGUUGGUCUAUUAAAAGCACCAUCUAUAAAACUACCUCUUCCACCACAACUUGAAACUUUGUCCAUUGCAAAUUCACCCGAUUUUAAUGUAAAUGGAGACCUACCCUUUAGUGAAUAUCCAAACACUCUAGAUUAUAUAUCUUUUGGGAACUUGGGUAUAAAAAAUUUCCCACUUUAUCUACCAUCAAAUAUUGUAAGAUUACUAAUACUUGGUAAUAAUUUUGCAAUAAAUGGACCAGUUUCAUUACCAGAUCUUUCAAUGUAUAGUGCUCUCUAUUAUCUAAAUUUAGUUGAUUGUGGUUAUACAUCAACAAUACCAGAAUCAUAUGGAAAAUAUAGGGUAAGAUUAAACGACAAUGAUAUCAGUGGUUAUUGGCCUCAAUGGGCAGUGUGUUAUAAAGAAGAAUAUGAUGAAUGUUUUGACAAUAACCCAAAAUUAAUUCAAGGAACUUGUGAGCCUGGAUCAAUUGUACCAAAUGUUUUAGAAUAUAAUAUACUUAGUGGGAUUUUAAAGUUAACAGGUAAAAAUCUCGGAAUCAAUGGUCCAGUUCUUAAAGAUAGUGGUAAACAGUUUACUGUAGAGGUAGCACAAAGUUCAUAUUAUUUGGAUUGGGACUCAAAUAAUUUAGGGCCUUUACCAGAAACUCUUCAAAUUUAUUUUGGUUAUCACGAAUUCGCAGUUGCAACUAAAGUAUUUAUACCAAAUUUUGAAAUUCAAGCUAUUACAAAACUUGGUAAAAGGUAUAUAUUUACUGGAAUUAACUUCUCUAAUGUUAAAAGUGAUUUCAAAAUUUUAGUUUCCGGUAUUCAAGCUACAAUUUACUAUAUAGAUUUUAAUAAAAUUGAAAUUGAAUUCAAUUCUCAAGAGCCAUUGCCUUUAGGCCAAGAUAUUCCUGCAACUAUACAAAAUGUCAUUACGAAUCAAAUUAUUAAAUUUACAAUUAAUACACUUGAUGAUAAAACAACCAAUGUUCUUUCAUGUGCAUCAGAUUGUGGAAGUGACACAGGGCUUGGUAAAUGUUCAAGUAGCACAGGCAAAUGCAUUUGUUUAACUCCAAAUUAUGGUGGUGAUCAAUGCAAGGCUAUUACCCAGUUCUUAUCAUCUGCUUCGUCCACCCCAACCGAAGGUGGUUUAGUAAAUUUAUAUGGUUGGUUCGGUGAUUCCAAUAGUAACUUUAAUGUUAAAAUAGGUAGCUCAGAUUGUCUUUACCAUUUCGUUAAUAGUACUUUCUCUAACUGUACAAUUGGCCCAGGUUUUGGUACACAUUCAGUUACUAUUUUCCAAAACGGAUUUACAUGGGUUGGUCAAAAUAUGUUCCACUUUGAUGAAAUAACCUUUAAAUGUCCUAAAAACUGUUCAUCAAAUGGUCAGUGUAUAAAAUCAAAAGGCCAAUGUAAAUGUUAUAGCGGAUGGGGUGGUUAUGACUGCAAUUCAAAAACAUCAUCUGAUUCAUCUACAACAGGAGGCUCUACAACAACCACAACUGGCGGAGGUAGUUAUGAAACUCCUUCACCAACUCCUUCACCAAUCGAAAUUCCCAAAUCAAAUAUAACAAUUAACGAAACAGUUGGAUCAACAGUUAUUUCUAAUCAACAAACCGAAUAUGAAAUCUCAAUUUUAUCAUUAGUUGAAUUAGAUAUUUUGGAUAAUAUUGUUAUUAUUCACAAUUUAACAAAUAGUUGGAGAUAUGCAGAAAUCAAUAGCAGCAAUACUUAUAAAUUUAAACAGACUAUUCAAGAGGUGUGCACAAUAACCUAUACUAUUGAGGAUAUAAAAGCAUCAAGAGAUUACGAGUUUGCAGGUUUGGAGUUAACUUUAGAAAAAGAUUCAAUUAAAAUAACAAUAACUAUCGAAAACUAUCCAUUUACAAGUGCUCUUAACAAACUUCAACUUAGACUAAUAUCAUCUGUUGGUGAUAAUAAGGAAUCUUCUCACCAAUCAAAUAACGAAUGCAAUAACCAAAAUACCGAAAUUGAUUCAUCACAAAUAGAUAAAGACCAAUUAUUAAAUUAUGUAACCAUUUCAAAAAAUCAAAAAUUGUUAUACGGUAGAUUCAUUAAUAGGGUACUCAGUGACACAAGAAAAUCAUUUAUAACAACAUCAUUAAUCUCUGCGACAAAUAGUAGCAACAAAGAUUCAUUUAUUAUUGGUCUUAAUUUACCACAUUUCACCACAUCAUUAACAAUCGACCCAGAUUUUUCAGUUCUUGUUUCAUCAUCCUAUAAAAAAUGUAAUUCCAAUGAUACUGUUAAACGUGCAAGUUGGGUAUUACCAGUUGCAAUUGUAGUUCCAUGUGUCGCUGUAGCCACGCUCGUUAUUGUUGGUGCCGUUUUAUAUAGCAAGAAUCGUACAAAAAUUCUAUUGGCCAAAAACAAAUAUAAAUUUACAUUUGAAUUGAAAGCAAAAAACAAAGACGAUUUAUAA